AGUGCGCAUGCGCUGUUCAACCCAUUAUUUUGUUCUCCUCAAGCCACAAAUAAAGAACAGGCUGAGUGUUCUUUGAUAUGAAUUAAAUAUUAAUAUACGGAAACAUUUAGUUCAUGUUCAAUGUCACUCUUAUACAUGGAGUUACACGAUACAUAGCUUUGCAUUUUGGCCGGGCUGUAAAGCCCGCCGUCGGGGGAUUCGAGGCCGAAAACACUGCGGAGUGACAGCACGAUAGCUUGGGUGUUUAGCUAUUUGGUUAGCUAGCCUGCUAACGGAAGGGGUUCGAGAGGAGGGAAAAUAAGAUAGAGGAAUUUUGACAACUCCGUCUUUCAGGCAGAAAGGGCUGCGGCUGCCCUUUUCCUGUCAAACCUGCCGAGCGGAUGGCGCACCUACGCGACAUGCAGAACCAGAAUUCCAGGCUGGAUCCUGAGGAAUACUUCACCAAGCAGGAGCGCAUUGGGAAGGGCUCCUUUGGAGAGGUCUACAAGGGCAUCAACAACCGCACCAAAGAGGUAGUGGCCAUCAAGAUCAUUGACCUGGAAGAAGCCGAGGACGAGAUCGAAGACAUACAGCAGGAGAUCACUGUACUGAGUCAGUGUGACAGCCCCUUUGUCACCAAGUACUAUGGCUCCUACCUGAAGGGCACUAAGCUGUGGAUCAUCAUGGAGUAUUUGGGUGGGGGAUCAGCUCUGGACCUGCUACGUCCUGGGCCUCUAGAAGAGACCUAUAUCGCCACCAUACUGAGGGAAAUACUGAAGGGACUGGAGUACCUGCACUCUGAGAGGAAGAUCCACAGAGAUAUCAAAGCUGCCAAUGUGCUGCUGUCAGAGCAAGGCGACGUGAAGCUGGCAGAUUUUGGCGUGGCGGGCCAGCUGACCGACACCCAGAUCAAGAGGAACACAUUCGUGGGCACUCCCUUCUGGAUGGCGCCCGAGGUCAUCAAACAGUCGGCGUACGACUUUAAGGCGGAUAUCUGGUCCCUGGGCAUCACGGCCAUUGAGCUGGCCAAAGGGGAGCCCCCCAACUCAGACCUGCACCCCAUGAGGGUCCUCUUCCUCAUUCCUAAGAACACCCCUCCCACCCUGGAGGGAUCCUACAGCAAGCCCUUCAAAGAGUUUGUGGAGGCCUGCCUCAAUAAAGACCCGCGCUUUAGGCCAACAGCCAAGGAGCUGGUGAAGCACAAGUUCAUUACACGCUACACCAAGAAGACAGCCUACCUGUCGGAACUCAUCGACCGCUACCGUCGCUGGAGGUCCGAGGGCCACGGGGAGGAGUCCAGCUCAGACGACUCAGAUAUGGAUGCUGAUGGUGACGACAACCAGAGUCCCGUGUGGACCUUCCCCACAGUCCGACCCAGCUCCAUGAACAAACUACAGAAGGGAUACACACACUCCGAUACAGAGUCUGCAGAUUCGGUGAAACGCCAACCCAAGUCACAGUGUCUGUCGGCAUUGGUCACUCCCAUUUUCAAAGAGUUAAAGGAGAAGCGGAGGGCUGCUGGAGGUGGCGUGGGGGCCAUUGAAGAGCUGGAGAACGCCUUUAAUCUGGCCGAGGAGUCCUGUCCCGGCAUCUCAGACCGUCUCGUCACACACAUGAUGGAGAGGGUCUGCAGGACAAAGAAUAAAAGGUUCUCUCUCAAUGGUAACACCACCCCCUCCUCGCGGUGAACCCCUGCUGGCUGCUACUCCAAAUCCCCUUCCGUCUACUUCUAUUCCCCGUCAGACCGUCCAACACCCCCCCCCCCCCCAUGGACCACGAAAACCCCUCCUCUGCCCCCUAGUCCACCUGACCAAUCUCCCAGAGAACUUUUAAUUAGUUAUGAUUAAAUAUUUUUACAGUUUUUCUUUAUAGAACGGAGAGUAUUUAAGAAAAAAGAAAGCCACGACAUUAAGAGUGCUGUGUAUACCUGUUAGAUCGAGAGAGAAACAAUCCUAAAAUAAAGUCUAUGGAAACGUC